CCUCAGCAGCGCCGAGUUUCAGCACCAUGGAGAGCCCCCGCUUUCGGCUGCUGCCCCUCCUGGGUGCCGCCCUACUGUUGCUGCUACCUCUGCUGGGCGCCCGUGCCCAGGAGGACACCGAGCUCCAGCCCCGAGCCCUGGACAUCUACUCUGCCGUGGAGGAUGCCUCCCAUGAGAAGGAGCUGAUCGAAGCGCUGCAGGAAGUCCUGAAGAAGCUCAAGAAUAAACGCAUUCCCAUCUAUGAGAAGAAGUAUGGGCAAGUCCCCAUGUGUGACGCUGGCGAGAAGUGCGCAGUGAGAAAAGGAGCGAGAAUCGGGAAGCUGUGCGACUGUCCCCGAGGAACCUCCUGCAAUUCCUUCCUUCUGAAGUGCUUAUGAGGCGUCCACCCUGCUCCAUCAGUCCCCACCUCCCCUCUCCCCCUCGAAGACCUUCAUCCCCUGCGCUGGGCUGUAUCAACCACGUUUCCGUUCCCCUCUGAGGACGAAGGGGCUCCUUUCCCGCUGUUUUCAAAUCAAAGAACACACUAGAUGUUACUUUAUGAGGGAUAAUGCCUUGUAUGGUGUUGACAUGUGUGCAAAAGUAUUCUUUUUCUUAUUUUAUUUGUCUGACAAACUCUUGUGUAUCUAUGCGUAAAGUGGGGGAACUUUGCUUUGAAAUUGUAUUUUCUUAUGUGGCAUGGCAGGAUGUAAAUUAGGUCUAGUAAAUGUUGGGUAGGUGACAUCACAAUGUGAAAAAUAAAUCACCCCGAGCAUUUCAAAUUGAAGCAUGUAUGACUUACACAUAAUAAAGUGUUUUUAA